GAAAUUCACUCAGCGAUCAAACAAAACUUCACAUUGGAGAACCGACUGAAAAGUGCCAAUUAGUGCCACGAUUCGGGCAAUAUGGCUCCACAACAACAGCAACAACAACAACAGCAACACCAACAGCAGAACUCAACAUUCAUCGAUGAUAAUCUUGACACCUGUCCAUCGCUAUUGAAUUUACCUGAAAGCCCCAUACUACCAACCAAACAUCAGCAUUAUCAACAACGCCAAAAUCAAGACAACAACAACAACAACCACAACGACAACGUCAAUAAGCCAAGUGCUGAACGUUUGGUAGAUGCAAAAGUGACAACAACAACAAUAGCAACAACAAGGACUACAACUGCAGCCCACAACGCUGCUCCACAACCAGGCCAAAAUCAACAACACGACAGCAAGGCUAACGGAAAUGGCCAACACACGGCCGCCAGUCGACGGCAUCGCCAUCGUUCCAUUUCCCUCUACGGCGUAAAUAGCACUGUGGAACAGGGUCAUAAGGAAAUACCCAUUUGGCUGGACGAUGAUGAGCCGCGUUAUGUAUCGGGCGUAACAAAUAAAACGACAUGCAAUGACAUAAUCAAAGCCCUGAUUGAUGACGAGCUGAGAAAUGAAAAUGCCAACUAUUGCAAUCCAAACAACAAUUUGCCACAUGGCGGCCAUGGGGCAGCAGCAUCGCGUGACUACAGCGAUUACGUUAUAACGGAACGUUGGCGAGGUAUCGAGCGCAGCUACGACGGCAACAUGGCCAUUUUACCUGUUUGGCGCGCUUGGAGCCGUGUGCACAAUGAGCUACGCCUUUCGCUCAAGAAACGGGGAGAGCUCAUAGAACCAAUGCCACUACAACUGAUGCAACUCGCUCAUUCCGAUCCAGCCAAAAGUUUUUCCGUGCUCAAGUGGCUUAAAAAGUUAUUGCAUCUUACCAAUAAGAAGCAAAAAUCCAAGACCAAAUCUGCCAAAACACCAGCCAAACUAACUAAGAAAACGAAAGAGAAAUGUUUGCUGGCCAAGAAGCAGCAGGAAAUGCCUGAUGAAUUGCUGUUGAUAUUACUUCCCGAUCAGCAUUACGAAGCGCCGACAGAUGCCAAUCACAAUGUUAAGACCAAGUUAUACAAUUUGGCCGAGUCGCGUGCAACGCAACGAAGACGCAGACGCAGUCGAUGUCGAAGUCGACACGAACCGAUUGUCAUAACCGAAACAAUUGCCAACAACAACUGCAUUCGGAGGCGCCGGAAGGAUGCACCCCUGCGUAAUAGUGUGCGCAACAAGUUGGCAUCCCUGCAUGCGGAUAUGAAUGUAAGGUACGAACGGGAAUACAAUCUGACGCGGCAACUAACGGAAAAAUGUAAGCUGUACAAGCAGCACAACGAGCUGUACACCUCCCCAGAAAUGGAGAUUUCGGUGGGUCAACUGCAGCGGAAUAUAGAAGCCUAUGCCGAUGAUAUUAUUAAAACGGAACACGAGUUGCUUGAGUUAAAAAAUGAAAUAAAACAUGACAUUUCCCUUAUCAAUAAUCUUAAGCGCUUGACUCUCGAGCAAGAGACGCCAGCGCAGUCCAAAACUAAAUUUAAAUCCCUGCCAAAUGACGGUAAAAAUAAAGAUUGUAUGAAGAUGAAAGAAGAAACACCUCAAGUUGCUAAAAAUGUACACGAAAUGCAAUUCGUUGAUAAUAUUUAUGAAUUUUGCGACAAUAAUGCAAGCAUGUUAGUUUAGUUUUAAUCUAUUUUGUUAAGUUUUAAGCAAUAAACCAUAGUUUUUAUUACAAG